AACCAAGCCCAUAAUAUGAUGGGAGCUUCUCCUUGUGAGGCCGAACUUCAGGAAUUAAUGGAACAAAUUGACAUCAUGGUAAGCAACAAAAAAUUGGAUUGGGAAAGGAAAAUGCGGGCUUUGGAGACACGAUUAGAUCUUCGGGAUCAAGAGUUGGCAAAUGCACAAACUUGCUUGGAUCAGAAAGGUCAAGAGGUGGGGUUACUUAGACAGAAGUUGGACAGUCUGGAAAAAUGUAACUUAGCAAUGACGCAAAAUUAUGAAGGACAACUGCAAACCCUAAAAGCUCAAUUUUCCAAACUGACGAAUAGCUUUGAGAAACUGAGACUGCACCAGAUGAAACAAAGUAAAGUUCGGCGAAAGGAGUUACCACACCUCAAAGAAGAAAUACCCUUUGAAAUGAGCAAUUUGAACCAGAAAUUAGAGGAAUUUAGAGCAAAGUCAAGAGAAUGGGACAAGCAAGAGAUACUAUAUCAGACUCAUCUGGUUUCUUUAGAUGCUCAACAAAAAUUAUUAUCUGAGAAGUGUAAUCAAUUUCAGAAACAGGCACAAAGUUACCAAACUCAACUCAGUGGUAAAAAACAGUGCACAGAAGACAACAGCUCAGAAGAUCCUCAGUUGAUGUGUGACCUGGAUCACAGUUGUGAAGCCAGUGAAAGAGAUGAGUUCAUUAUUGAAAAACUAAAGUCAGCUGUGAGUGAAAUAGCAUUAAGCAGGAAUAAGUUACAAGAUGAAAAUCAGAAGCUCUUACGAGAACUGAAGAUGUACCAAAGACAGUGCCAGGCCAUGGAAGCAGGACUCUCAGAGGUGAAAAGUGAGUUACAGUCACGUGAUGAUCUCUUGAGAAUUAUAGAAAUGGAACGAUUGCAGCUGCACAGAGAAUUAUUAAAAAUAGGAGAGUGCCAAAAUACUCAAGAAAGUAAAAAAAGACUUGAAUCAUCUUAUUCACCUUCUACUAAAGAACCAGAAAGGAAAAGGAAAGAGCUGUUUUCAGUGACCCUAGAUCAACCAAAUCAUGAAAAAGAAUUGAACAAGAUAAGAAGCCAACUCUAUCAGGAGGAAGAGUACCAUGGCUCUGAGCAGGAAAGAAUGAGGAAUGAAAUCUCUGACCUAACAGAGGAGCUUCAUCAGAAGGAGAUCACUAUAGCAACUAUCAUGAAGAAAGCUGCCCUUCUGGAAAGACAGUUAAAAAUGGAGUUAGAAAUAAAAGAAAAAAUGUUAGCAAAACAACAGGUCUCAGAUAUGAGAUACAAAGCUGUCCGAAUGGAAAAUACACACCUGAAAGGAAUGAUGGGAGAUUUAGACCCCGGACGGUACAUGAGUAUGGACUUUACUAACCAAGAACAUUCAAGGCAUACAUCUAUUAACAAACUGGAAUAUGAGAAUGAAAGGCUCCGAAAUGAUCUUGCAAAACUUCAUGCCAAUGGCAAAUCAGCAUGGGCUAACCAAAAUGCCUAUGAGGAAAUGGGACUGUACACCUAUCAAAACCAAAUAAAAAUGGAAAAACAUGAAGAUAGACUUAGCCAAGAUCGCGAGCCAAACCGAAGUGUGACGCCUCCACUACCACCUUUGCCAUUUCAGACCAAAGAAAUGACAAGUCCCCUGGCUAGUGACGACGAAGUGUUCCCACUGUCUCCCCCAGAUAUAGUCUUCCCAGCCUCUUUGGCUGCACAGCAUUUCCUUCUGGAGGAAGAGAAGCGAGCAAAAGAAUUUGAGAAACUUCUAAAUACACAUAUUGAUGAACUGCAAAGACAUACAGAAUUUACUCUUAAUAAAUACACCAAGCUAAAACAAAAUAGACACAUAUGA